GCCCCCUCUGUCAUUCAAACGUGACCGUGAAUACAUGUGCUGCAAGGUUACAGUGAGACUUUCAGCUCUACACGGGGCGGUUUUGGUGUCUGUGCAGCAGUCGUCACAUUCGCCUUGAACAGGACAGGCGCAUUAAAGCACUGUAACUCUUUGAGGUCACGAUGGAUCAAGCCAGAACAACAAUAUCAAAAAUUUUCAAUGGGGAGCCUCGAUCGUACACACGCUUUAACCUGACCCAGAACAUGGAGGGCGACAACAGCCAAGUGGAGAUGAAGCUCUCCUCUGAUAUGGAUGAAGAAAUGGAGGCCAAUGGAGUUGGGAGAAACACGAGCCAACAUAAUGGUCCAUAUUACCCCAGCAAGCUAAGCCAGCGCUCUCCCAAAAACAUUUGCAUCUCUGUCAUUGCCAUUCUGGUCCUCUUCAUUAUUGGGUACCUCAUUGGUUAUCUGUCUAAUAGAAGCACAGACAAACCAAUAAUAAACCAUGCAAACUGUCCGGUUGCAGAGGAAAUUAUUCCAGAGCCGGUUUAUUCUUUGGACUGGAGUGAUCUUAGAGCUUUGCUGAAGAAAAAACUGACAACCUCCAACAUUGAGAGAAACCUCAAGGAAUUCUCAAGUUCCAGUCACCAGGCGGGAACGGCUGGAGAUGAGGCACUCGCUAAUAAAGUCAUGGGAAAAUUCAAAGCAUUAGGAAUGAGCCCCUGGACUGAUGAGCACUAUGUUACAAUCCAAGAUCCUGGUCUCUCACAAAACAGAGUGCUGUUCCGUGAUAACGUUGUGGGAGAAACCGAGGGCUAUUUGGCAUACAGUGCAAAUGGUAGUGUGCAGGGUCCAGCUCUGUAUGCACAUUAUGGGCGAGCUGAGGACUUCAGGCAUCUGCAAGACAAGAGCAUUGAUUUGAAUGGAAAGGUCGUCUUGGUCAGAGCUGGACUACUGAGUUUUGCUGAAAAGGUUGCUAAUGCUGCUAACUUGAAUGCCAGUGCUGUGCUAAUCUAUCCAGAUCCUCUUAACUACAAAAUAAAUGAAAACUCUGCUCUUUUUGGCCAUGUUCAUCUCGGCACUGGUGAUCCCUACACUCCUGGAUUCCCUUCCUUCAAUCACACCCAGUUUCCCCCAGCUCAGUCUUCUGGCCUUCCCAGAAUUCUGGCCCAGACUAUCACUACAAAGCAGGCUAAUGAGAUUAUGAGACAGUUAGGUGGUCAGAAUCCUCCUCGUGGCUGGAGUGAUGGAAUGCUUCGGGAGGUCCUUUACCAGCUUGGUGAUGAUAAGGACAUCAUCACAGUGGAAGUUAACAAUGUUCUCACCGAGAAGAAAAUCCACAAUGUGUUUGGAGUGCUUAAAGGAUAUAUAGAUGCAGAUCGUUAUAUUGUGAUUGGAGCCCAGAGAGAUGCCUGGGGCCCUGGAUUUGCUAAAAGCACUGUCGGCACUAGUUUGUUGGUGGAGUUGGCCAGCACUAUCUCCGACAUGAUCAAGACUGAUGGAUUUAGGCCAAAGAGGAGCAUAGUGUUUGCUAGCUGGAGUGCUGGUGAAUUUGGGAGCGUUGGUGCUACCGAGUGGUUAGAGGGCUACCUGGCCUCCUUGAAUAUGAAAGUGUUUUCUUAUGUCAGCCUUGAUGGAAUUGUUUCAGGCUCUGAAAUUUUCAAAGCGUCUGCCAGUCCACUCCUGUACGAGUUAAUUGAGAGUACUAUGAAACAGGUCUCCUUUCCAAGUGCAACCAAAAACUUGUAUGAACAGUUUGCUGGAUCCAGUUGGGAGAAGUCUGUAAUGGAGCCCAUGGAUUUGUCUGACCCUGCCUAUCCUUUUCAGACCUUCUCUGGCAUCCCGUCAUUCUCAUUUAGAUUUACUGUGAGUUCAAAGUUGUACCCAUUUGGCACUAUUGAGGAUACUUAUGAAAAUCUGCAGCGGUACACUUCUUACAAUACUCCCAAUCUGGCCAAGGCAGCAGGUGAGGUGGCCGGGCUGGUCACUCUUCGGCUGGUCCAUGAUCACUUACUAAAGCUGAGUCCUGUGAAAUAUACCAGUGUCAUCCGUGACUAUGUGUCCCAGAUCAGCUCUAAACUUCAAAAAGUCCACAGCUCUGGACGCCUUUCAAAAACACUUACGAUACAGUGGCUUUCAUCAGCUCUGGGCUCGUACGACCGUGCUGCCAGUGCCCUUGCUUCCACCAUCCGGAACAGCGAUCGUGAAGACAUGGAGCAGUGUCGCAUAAUCAACAACCGCAUUAUGAGGGUGGAAGGGAAUCUACUCUCUCAAUUCGUAUCUCCGCGGGAGAAUCUGUUCCGGCACAUUCUUCUGGGGUCUGGCUCGCACACACUGGCAGCUCUAGUGAAUCACCUCGAUGCUAUUAUCCAAGGCCUCGAAUCUGCUGACAUUGACCAAUUCAAGAACCAGUUUGCUUUGGCCACCUGGACCAUCCAAGGCUGUGCCAACGCACUUGCAGGGGAAGUAUGGGAUAUGGAUAAUGAAAUUUAGGCAAACCGAUCCAGCUCACCUCUUUAAUUAUGAGCUGAAUUUGAACCAUCACUCAGUACAAAAGAAAAAUGAAUGUAGAGAAUUCUAUUGGUGCUCCAUUAACACAAAUCUAUGAUUACAGGUUUACCUCAGUGUUUUUGAGUGAGACAGCAGCCAAAAUUAUAUUAAAGUUUUAGUAUGUGGGAUCAUCUUUUUUAAAGUAAGAUCAAGUUUAGAUGAUACUCAUCCAGCCAUUGUCAUUUUAAUGUCUUUAACCUAAGUUGCCUAUGGAGUUCAGUGCUCGUCAAACACUUUUAAAAAGUACAAUAUGUCUAUGAGUAUUUCGGUUGGAUGCCCUUUAUUUUGGGGAAUCAAUUCUGACAAAUAAUCCAAGAUCUGAGUAAAAAAGAUGCUUUCCUAUGUGGCUCUGAAAUAUCUAUUUAUUAGUUUGUUUUUUAUUUAUCAGUGACAGAGAUCACUAUAAAUGGUAUUUUGUAACGCCUUUUUUAACAAAUGUAUAAUUAUCGGAAGCAGUGACUUCCAUAAUUAUGACAGUUAUACUGUCGAAACGUGAAAGCAGCAUCUGCUAUGGAGAUAACUUUGUUUUCAAAAGCUGUGACCAGAGACUGGCAGUGUAUUGUUUAAAACACGUACAUGCUAUAUCCGUCAGAUUACAUUCUAGUGUCUGGCAUCCUCCUUUUGAAAUAACGUUAUACCUGAUCCAGAAUCAUUAUCGGGAGCAGUGUCUUCCAUAAUGCGAAGAAGAUGAUGGUAGUUUUUGCCUACCGAUGUGUUGAUAUCGAGGGCAGUGCCCCUCAUAUUUCACUGUGGUGUGGAUGUAAUUAUCGGGAACAGUGUUUCCCAUGAUGAUGUACAAAUCAUCUGCAUUCACAAUCUCUUACCUUGCUAGAGAUCUUUUGUGAGUCAUGAACUCUUAUUGUAAGCUUGUCAUGAACAAUCAAGUGCUGUUACCUUCUUUUGCCUUUGAUUAAUGAGGAGCAGGUGAGGAUUGCAGACUAGAAACUAUUUCUCUUUAAGUCUGUGAUGGGCUUCUUUAACAGAUUCUGCUCUUGUCUUUCCUUCGGUCUCCAUGUGUCUUGUGUUUCUGGGAUAUUAUUUACAUAUUUGUGCCUUUUAAAUUAUGACUAAGCUUUUAAAUACAGUAUUUCUAUUUUUUCCUUUUUUCUUGUCUUUUAAUUUCUUUUCUUCACUCCCUCAUUUUUGCAAUUGCCACAACCAGCAACUCAAAAAUAUGUUAAUGUUCAGCGCUAUCAUCAGUGCUAUCCUAUCAUAUCUGUCAAAAGAAAUAUAAAAUUAAAAUAGUGUUUAUAUGCUGAUAAAAGAACAAAAGAUUUUAAAGUAUGUGUACUAUGGAGGAGAUGAAAAUGGAGAUUAAAGAUUAUUCUAAGAAAAUAAAAGGCCAAUUAGUUAGAAAAUUGCAGUUUCAUGAUGUACAUUGGAUCAUACAAGUCCAUAUCUUUUAAAAAAUGUUUUUAAAGAAUUUUAACUAUAUAUUCAGUGUACUUGCAAUGCUAUGUAAUGUAUGAGUUGUUGUUAAAUCAGUUGGUUUACAACAUCACUCAAGCACUGAUUCACUCAGUUUUCUGCUAAGUCAACAAGUGAUUAAUAAAAAGUUUGAACAAAA